CAAAAUACAAAUGUUUUCACAUUUAUUUUAAAUUUUAAUAAUCAUAAACAAAUGUAUCAAAACUGGAUUUUGCCGGGUAGUAAAAUGCAGAGCACAAUAAAGGAGCUCCUAGAUGCACUAGGAUGCAAUUUAGAAGCGGACACCGUUCUCGAUUAUAUUCAAAACGAUCCGAAUUAUGGCAAUAGUAAUUUGUCUUCCAAACAAAUUAACGAAUACGCUCAACGCUUAGCAGUAAAGGCUUCAAAUUCAAAAACAUUUCUUAAAAAAUACGAAGACCUCAAACAACGAAACACUGAAAACUUGGCAGAUAUUGUGUACUUGUUUUACAAAUUGGUUUGCGAGGAAAAGAAGUCUAGGAUAUCCAAGCCUAAAGUUGCCCCAAAACCUGUCCUGAAUGACAACAAACACCAAAUUACCAAAGAAGAUGUGCCACAAAUAAAAGACAAGUUGUUAAAAGCAGUAGAUGAAAGCAAAAAGUUGGUGAUGAAGUCAUUUGAGGAGAAGGAAGCCAAGCUAAGACCCAACUGGUAUAACUCACUGGAUUUGCCAAACUGGCAAAAAGACCAUCCAGCUAUGUCGUGGGAUUUCCCUAAAGAGCAGUUUCCCCUAGUGUCUCCUUUAGCUGGAAUCCCCGUGGAAUCACAGGAGAACAUAAUUAUUGAUGAGCUAUUGUAUUUAUUUUCUGGAGUGCCAGGAAAUUAUAUAGUUAAUCUGCCGGUAAAAGAGACUUAUGAUGCUCGCAGCUUCCAAAUUGCUGAGGAUCUAGAUGAUGCUUUAAAACAGAUUGUUCGGCAGAUGUUGCCUCUUGCCUCCAAUUAUUCUAUAGUCAGGAGGUUCAUUGAGGAUUGUGACAUGUGGUCGGGAAGAGUUCUACAUGCAUUAGUGGCUGCUAUUGAGGAACUGCUUAAGGACUAUUAUACGAUGAUUGCCCAGUUAGAGACAGAGCAAAUGACAGGAAAUCUCUCACUACAAAAACUGUGGUAUUUUAUCUUGCCAACAAUGCACACAAUGCAGGUGCUAGCAGCUAUUGUGACUAGUAUUGGAAAGAGUGAACUCAGAGGUGGAGCGGUGCUAACAGUUCUUCAUGAGAAGACAAAUACUCUGGUGGGUGAUGUUCGAGCACAGGAGAUAUCGCUGUUCCUCACAGAGCGAGCUUGCCGACCAUAUCUCGACAUUUUGGACGAGUGGAUACAUAAAGGCACCAUUGUGGAUCCUUUCCAGGAGUUUAUGAUAGAGGAUAAUGAACUGAUCAAUAAGGAGGAACUACCUGUAGAUUACUCUGCUGAUUACUGGGAGAAAAGAUACAGCGUCCAGAGGGAUAGAGUACCGAAAUUCUUGGACAAAUUCACAGAUAUUAUAUUGAGAACGGGAAAAUAUUUGAAUGUUAUAAGCCAGUGCGGAAAUGCAUUAGUCAAGACUAAUACUGAAGAAAUAAAGUACUCCCUUCGAGAACAGAACUAUGGUGCUACAAUACAGAAGGCUUAUGCUUUUGCCAGCAAAUCUCUUCUGGAGUUACUAAUGAAGGAAUAUGACUUAAUGGGAAGACUCAAAUCCGUCAAAAACUAUUUCUUGAUGAGCCAAGGCGAUUUCAUUGUUCAGUUCAUGGAUGCUACAGAACAGGAGUUAUCCAAGAAAAUUGACGAUAUCAUUCCUUCCAAAUUGGAAUCUUUAUUGGGGCUUUGUUUGAGAUUGUCAGCUGCAAGCCAUGAUCCAUAUAAUGAAGACAUGAGAGUGGAAUUGCUACCGUAUGAUCUACAAUUCCAGAUGUUCAAAAUAUUAUCCAUUGAAACAGAGGAUGAAAAAGAAUAUAAGCAGAACAAGGACAUACCGCUGCGGGGUAUCGAGACGUUCUCGUUCGGCAUGGAGGUGAAGUGGCCGGUGUCGCUGGUGCUCAACCACAAGGCCAUCGCCUGCUACCAGAUGAUAUUCCGACACCUGUUCUACUGCAAACACGUCGAGCGGAUGCUCUGCAGGGUGUGGCUAUACAACAAAGUGGUGAAACGUUUCUCCGCGGCGCGACUGUACGCGGAGGCGUUCGCGCUGCGCACGCGCAUGCUGUCGUGCGUGCAGCACCUGCAGUACUACAUGUGCGUUGAGGUCAUCGAGCCCUCCUGGUGUCAGCUCAUGCAGAGUUUAGAGAAGGUGAACAACGUGGACGAGGUGUUGGAGCGGCACAGCGACUUCCUGGAGUCGUGUCUGGGCGACUGCAUGCUGACCAGCCCGCAGCUGCUGAAGGCAGUCACCACGCUCUGCCUCGUCUGCGUCCAGUUCUGCACCUUCAUGCAGGAAAUGCACAAGUACUCCGUGGACGCUGAGCUAAACUGUAUGCUCGGGCCGACGUAUGACUGUACAGACUAUGACGAGAACAUCACGAGCGCGGGCAACACAGUGAGCGGCGGGUCGUCGGACUCGUUCGGGCGCUCGGUGUCGCGCUACGGCCUGCGGUUCACCGCUGCGCUGCUCUCCGUCCUCGCCAUCAUAGACAGGAUGGCCAGGGAUAACAACACCAACAAACUACUCAACAUCUCUGCCAGGCUAAACUUCAACACAUACUACGUGAAGCAGCUGGAAAAGUUCUGCACCGACGACAAACUCCUGGAGGCGGACAAGAAGGCGGCGUCGUCCUAGCACAGACGCCGGCGCGAGCCGCUUGUCACCAGUGUGUAAACCACACACUGACAAAUAUGUACUAUCAGACAAGUUGAUUCUAGGCAGAUGGCGGACC